AUGACGGUCGGUGAGAUCGUGACGGCGUUCACGAGCAGCACGACGGCACACGGCGUGAAGCGCGCGUGCGGUUCGCGCUCGCUGCCGGCGCGCGCCGCCUGGGCCGCCAUCACGCUCUGCGCGCUCGCCUUCCUCGCGUACCAGCACUCGCUCGUGGUGCGGCGCUACUUCUCCUACACGGUGACCGUCAAAGUCGAGAUGGAAUACAGUCGGCUGCCGUUUCCCGCCGUCACCAUCUGCAAUAAGAACCCGGUGCGCAUGAGUCGUCUGCCGUCGCACGUCGUUAACUUGGUGACGAGCGGCUACGGCAACGUGCUGCACACGCACGAGUCGGCAUUCGAUGAGUUUCGGCGGAUUGUGUCCGGCAACGAGUCGCAGACGACGGAGGGAAGUCAGGCGACAGCAACGCCACCUAUGUCAUUGAAAGGUAUAGUGUGA